AAAAGAAUUAGCAAUCGUCUUGCCCAUUGAUUGGCGUUGGUCCCUUAAUUCUCUCUCUUCUGUCGAGAAGUACAAGUGCUGGCCCGUAAGUCCUAACGACGUCAGGCACUUGUUCGCUUUUUCAAACUUCGUCAAUCCAUUUUGUUCAUUGCCGUUGGUUUUUCCUCGUAUAAUCUGUAUCGUAGAUUUGAUUUGAUAUCUGUGCACAAUAAAUGUGGAAGUGUAUUUACAAAGUUCGGGAAUAAGAAGAUCAUGAAUAUAGCUAGCUGAGUGGUUAACAUAAACCUUUCGUUUUUUUUCCCCUGAAACUAAUGUCUCGUGUAAAUCUAUUUGUUUUUGUUUUGUUUUCUGGGGGAAAUAUACUCUGGCGAAAACCACGGAAAAUUUUAUUAAUUUUUUUCUGGCGAUAUAUUGUAGUUGUUCUCGUCAAGUACUCUGUUUUUAUUCACUGGUGAACCUGGUAAGGUGUCCUGCUUGCACGUUAUUGUUAACUGUAACGUGCUUGGGGUUAAUGAGAACACCGAGAAUAAAGGCUUUUUGUUUUUGUUCUUAAAGUAUAUGCUUCUUUUUUUCACUCUUACACUUUGAUUACUCUAAUUUUUGUUCUUAGAGUUUUUCGUGGGACCCUAGUUACUGGAAAAUAUUGCUUUUUGCUCGGUCGUACAGAAUCAAGGAUUAAAACGAUUUUGUUUAACUGAAGCCAUUAUCUUCGUUCUCUUUUAAUGAUGUUUGGAGUUUUACUGAUUCUGGGCUACAUUGUUUUCAUUUUGAAUGGAAACUGGAAAGAAGCUUUCUUUUUCUCAGUUGUGUUGUCCAUGAUAUUGUUUAUGUCAGCUUUCACCUUUGUUAUUUAUUAUCUUGCAAAUUACACGCAAUAUAUAAUAUUCUGAUUGUCUACGACUUUUUGACACUUCUGAAAUUGCUAAGAGGUGCAUGAUUGUCUAUUACUCUGCAUCUUUUAAAUUGCUAAGUGAAUCUACUAUAACUUUUUUAUACCUCUUAAAGAUUCUUCUCCGCUUAUUAAUUUGACUUAUGGCUAUGUAAAGGGCUAGCCUUUACAUUCUAUGGCAAAAGGCAUACAACCAACCUUUAAUAAUUUAAUAGAACAAAACCAGCUAGGUCCGUGAUUACAUGCUUGCCUUUUUUUUUUUUUUUUUUUUUGGUGGAUAAAUUUUACCUUUGCCUGGGCUUGUUUUACCUGUAGAGUGCUAUCUAACACUCGCAGAUUGUAAGAAUCCUUUAUUCUAUGGAUAGGAAGGCACAUCUUCGAUGAGAUGUCCUUUGGCAUGUGCUUGCUUAUAUUCUUCAUUAUUGCAUUAUAACAGGACAGGUCAUGCAUUAUGACCUAUUUAUCAUUCUCAUAUUAUGGUCAGAACUAUAAAUUUUGUGAAGUACCUUAUUUAUGGAUAAAUUCAACAAGAAGUAAUGCAUAAUAAUGAAGGGAAUCAGCAUUAUAGUCUGUAGAAACUCCUUGACAAUGAGAGUUCCUCUUGUGUGGAGCAUAUACAAGAAUUGUCUCUUGAACUUUGAAAUCAAUUGAACAGUUGGUAAUCUUAUCUUUUGGCUGAUGUCCUUGGUUAAUUUUAUGCUUGUAGGUUCUUGGAAAAAUUAUAUGUGGUCAAACAGUGGAAAAUUUUCCCUUAUGCCCAAGAAGGAAGUCGAGGACCUGAUAGGUUCAAGUUUUCCCCUUGGUAAUAAUAUCAGUCCCCAGGAUAUUAUUGAUAUUUCUUUGUCAUCAUCUGAAGAUAAUGAUGCAGACGAUGACAAUGACCUGUCUACUGAAGAUGCAUCUAAUCAAUUAGUCCUUUAUGAUCCUCUGGCAAAUGGUUCCCGGGCAACUGAACUUGUCCCUAAUCCUCCUCAGUGUGAAUCGCCAUUGCAUCCAAUAAGUAAACCUCGAUAUUCAACUCCCAGAGUUCUGCCAUCGGUGGGGGCUUUCACUGUGCAAUGUGCAAACUGUUUUAAAUGGAGGUUGAUACCAACGGAGGAAAAAUAUGAAGAAAUACGUGAGCAUAUACUUGAGCAGCCUUUUAGUUGUGAUGUUGCUCGUGAAUGGCGACCUAAUGUAUCUUGUGAUGAUCCAGAGGAUAUUUCUCAGGAUGGCAGCAGGCUCUGGGCUAUUGAUAAGCCAAGUAUUGCACAGCCUCCUCCUGGAUGGCAACGACUUCUAAGGAUCAGAGGAGAAGGAAGCUCCAAAUUUGCAGACAUAUAUUACAUAGCACCAUCAGGCAAGAGACUCCGCUCAAUGGUAGAGAUCCAGAAAUACUUGCUUCAACAUCCAGAAUAUACAGGUCAUGGAUUAACUCUUUCACGUUUUUCAUUUCAAAUACCAAGGCCAUUGCAGGAUAACUAUGUGAGGAAACGCCCUGCUAGAGUUACUGCUCCAUAUGGAGGCAAUGGACCUGCUCAAGCUGAGCAAGCAAAUCCUCUACCACUUUCUCGGGUGGGUCCAGCAGAUGACUGUACAGAAUUGCAUCAUGGUAGGACAGUGCUUCCAGCACCAUCCAUGGAUUCCCCUACUGUUAACCCUUUUAGCCGUCCUGCCAAAAAACAAGCAACUCAGAGCUCCUUUCAAGGAACAAAUAGUAAGGCAAGGUUUAUGAGUUAAGUUAAAGCGGAAGUGUCUGAUAUGAUUUCAUGUUAGCUAUUUUUCCUUUUGGUUGGGCCCCUUAUGAUGUUAAGGGUGGGGAGGACACUGGAUUUUAUUAUAUGGUUUUUGUCUUCUUAGGAUAUGUUUAGUUGUUGGAAAGACAUGAAUGUGUCGAUAGAGAAUAGAAUAGGCUAAAAUAAGAUUAUGGAAUGAUACAGAGGUGAGAGCCAUGGAGUAAUGGAUAAGUAGGAAUGAGGAUUCAUGACCUUAUUCUUGUCAAUUCUUAUUCCCACGCCUCUAUCAUCUCAUGACUUUCAUUUUUCUAUCAUUCUCACUUCUCUAUUGAUCUACAACCUUAUUUUAGUUCAUUUUAUUCUCUAUCAACUCAUCUGUUUUCUUUCCAGCAACCAAACAGGCCUUAUCCUUUUGGAAUAGAUUAGUGUUGAAAGUGAAAUGUUACAGAGAUUGGAAGGAAUAUGCCAGAUGCAAAAAGUGGUGCAUAACAGGUGUACUUUUUGGUGGGGAUGGUACUUGGCUAAAAUAGAAAAAGAUGAUGCCGAACAGUGGUUUUGAGUUUGGAUUGUAAACUAGGCAUGUUUAGUCAUGCAGGAAACAAUGUAUAGACAAUAUAUGUUAUAUUAUGCAACCAAAAAAAAAAGGGGUUAUAUCA